AUGACUCUUUCAGAUGGUGUGAUUGGUCCACUCGGAGAUGAUGAGGUUAGAGUGAUGGAUAAAGCUAGUGAUGGUGAAUUAUUACCAGUGGAAGAGGAGGAGAAAACUAAUAACGAGUGUGGAAAUGGUAAACAUUGGAGUUUGGCACAAUUUUUCAAUAAUCAAUUGACUAUUGAUAAACUUCAGACAGAUUACAUGCUCGAAUAUUAUACUAAUUGCCACAAGAUUCAUUUGGAGAAAAAGCUGCAACGAAAAGGUUUAGAAUUUUCACCAAGUUUUUCCAGAGACGAUUUCAACACAUUGUUGGACGCUGUUGAAACAUUUACAAUAUCUCAAAGUGAUUUUCCAAGAGAUCCAUCUGAAGAGGAUCCACUUUGUAUUGGAGAGGAGGGAUGGCAUAUAUUGUGUCAUUGGAUGCAACCUCUUUUUAAAAAACAGGGAAAGAAUGCAUCUUCACUUGAAGUGGAGCCACAAUGUGAAAUAUGCCAAAAACAUGAGAAUAUUAGGCAAGCUUUUGAGAAAUUUAACAAUACGAGAGUUCAAUUAUUUGAAGGAACUUGUCAUACUCCACUGAGUGUAUUUGAAAAGUUUGUUGAUUUGUGGAAUCAACAAAAAUAUUUACAAUAUUCUCGAUUUGAAUUGAGUGAUCAUGGAUGUGCCAAUAUAUUUGCAAGUGGACUAUUGAAUUGUACACUUACUCAUUUUGUUUUUGGAAGAGAUUCACAAGGUGAAAAUCCACAAGAUCCUCAUCAAUGUGUUUGUAUACUGAACGCUCUCGAGCAUAACACAUCAAUUGUUUCAAUUGAUUUAACUGAUCUAAUCAUUGUUCAUGACUCUGUUGCAAAAGCAAUUGCUAGCAUGCUUAGAAAUAAGAAGAGUCUCAAAAGAUUGGUCAUUUCAAAAUUGAGUUUAUCCAAGACAAUUUACAACACCAGUAUUAUUGAUGCUAUAGUAGAUUCAUCAAUAACCCAAAUAGAGAUUUACACCUAUGAUGGUAAAUUGAAUAGCAAUUUCAGAUUUUUAGAAAAUUCGAGUAGAAAUGAUUUGAAAAAGUUGGCAUCCAAACCAUUCACCAGUUUUAUGUUUAUCAGUUAUAAUUUUACUUUCCCAAUUGAUUAUUGCUAUUUAUUUGCGGAAAUGCUAAACAACAAAUCCAUAGAUUAUUUGCAUUAUAGUAUUGACGAUAUUGAUGGAGUUGUCAGAUCUGAAGAUGAUCCAGUUAAUGAAUAUCAGCAAUUUAUUGACAAUCUCUAUAGUGUCAUUGAGAAAACUGAAGAAUUUUAUUUCAAAGGUCAUUAUCUACUCAAUUCCACUCCUAAACAGGAGCAUCAUAUUGUUAAACAUGGAAAGCGAAUAACAUCCUAUUCACCCUAUUUGAAAUUCCUACAAGUAGCCACAAAUUCAGAAGAAGAUGUGAAACUUUCCCAAAUAGGAUUUUUACGUGUAAAAUAUUUUAUCAAUGUUGGAUUCCCUCGAAUAAUUCCAUUCUUUAGUAGGGUCGUAAAGACUACACUCAAAUUGAGUAAAAUGAACGAUGAGCGGAUGCAAAUAUUUUCAAAGGCAAUUUUGAGUGCUCCACUCUUGGAAAAGCUAAUUCUGAUUAGAGUUGAUAAAUUAGGUGUGGAAACCCCAUUCUCACAAUAUUUCAAAGUUCAAAACAAUAGCAAGUUGAGAAAGAUAAUUUUCUCAGGAACAAACAAUAAUACUCUUAUGGAUGCAUUCUCCACAUUUUUGGAUUUGAAUUAUUUCCCUCACCUUACUGCUUUUUAUGUACGAGGAAAAGAAGGAGAGAUAAGCUUUGAGGCUAUUGAAGUAUUGAUUAAUUCGAUACAGAGACAAGACCCAUUCUAUCCUAAAGGUUUAAGAAAGUUAGAACUUUUGGAGGGAUCCAUUAAAGACGCUCAAAGCACAGAAUAUAUACUGAAAUCCCUUACUAGCAAUAGACUUUUAGAAACAUUGGGUAUAACCAAAGCACCUCUCGAAAAUAUAGAUAUAUUUGUAGAUUUCAUCAUUAAUAACAAGUCAGUGACCGAACUCAAACUUAAUUACUCAGAUUGUGUCACCAUACCUGCGGAUUUAAUGUGUACAGAAGAACAGGUUACACCUCUAUUUUUGAAAGUUUUUGGAGCUUUUCAAAUCAAUUGGACCCUACUUGCAAUAGAUUGGUACGUUGAAUACUAUUGGAAUACCUUUGAGUUUGGUACAGUGAAUUAUGUUGGAGAGCGUUUCCUUGUAGAAAGAAUAAUGAGUAGAAAUAAGGCUCAAAAACAUAUCAACUCUCUCAUGCAACCAAUCCUUACACAAGUUGACAAGUUUAAUCAAUUGUCUGAUAUUACUUUAAUUUGCAACAACCAAUAA